AAUUUCAAUGGUACAAUAAUUUUACCUAUAAAGUGUUAAACAUGACUUAAAGUGUUAAAUACGUGAUUUUAAAGUACAAAAAUUAUAAUUACGUUAGUAAUAUGGAAAAGGAAGAACGACUUCAACGAAUAAAAGCUGGUGCAUUUUUGGCGACGGUCGCGGGCAUUUCUGCAUUUGUAGGAUUUGGAACCACUUUAGCAGCAGCGAAAAAAGCCGACCCCAAAUACUUCAAUAAAGGUGUACAUGCCAGUGCAGAAUUAGCAGAUGCGGGGGCCAUCCUUGCUCUCCGAGCCCUGGGCUGGGGUACACUCUAUGCAGUGGCAGGCACCUCUUGUUUAUGUUAUGGAAUUUGGAAACUAUCUGGUGCUAAAGAUCUAAAGGAUUUCAGAAUAAAGAUGGGAAGCAUGCUGCCAAUACUACCAAAGAACAACCCUCCACAAUCCAGAACAGAGUUCAGUGGGCUUAAUGACCUGAUGACAUAUUUAGCAGAUGAUUACGGGAAGAAAAAAUAAGCCUUGCAGUUUACAUGUACAUAUAUUUUAUUAAUAAAAAUUAUUUAGCUGGUUA